ACCGACGCGACCGAAUCAAACCGCGCAACCGUGCGCGCGACUCCUCCUCGUGGGGUCAGCCGCGCGCCAUGCCGCUGCCGGACGUCGUCGGCGUCCUGGCCUACGCCGCCCUGGCCGCGGUCGCGCUGCGGGCGGUGCUCUCCUACAAGUCGGCGGCGCACGCGGCGCGCCGGCUGUGGCGCUGGGCCGACGAGUGGGCCCAGGCGUACCAGUACUACGACGUGCCGCGGCUCGUCGCCGCCGGCGACGCGGCCGAGAACCCGCUCUUCCGCAAGGCGGCGGCCUACGUGUCGUCGCUGCCCUCGCUGGAGGACGCGGACGCCGCCUGCGUGCUCUCCUCCCCGACCAAGACCAACGACUUCUCGCUGCAGCUCGGCCCCGGCCACACCGCGCACGACGCCUUCCUCGGCGCGCGCCUCGCCUGGACCAACGCCGGCGCCGACCGCCUCGUCCUGCGCGUGCGCCGCCACGACCGCACCCGCGUGCUGCGGCCAUACCUGCAGCACGUCGAGUCCGUCGCCGACGAGAUGGACCUGCGCCGCCGCGAGCUCCGCCUCUACGCCAACGCCGGCGGCUCCGACGGCGCCGCACCGCGCUGGGCGUCCGCGCCCUUCACCCACCCGGCCACGCUCGACACGGUGGCCAUGGACCCGGACCUCAAGGCCCGCGUCCGCGCCGACCUCGAGACCUUCCUCAAGGGCCGCGCGUACUACCACCGCCUCGGCCGCGUCUGGCGCCGGAGCUACCUGCUCUACGGCCCGCACGGCACCGGCAAGUCCACCUUCGCCGCCGCCAUGGCCAGGUUCCUCGGCUACGACGUCUACGACGUCGACCUCUCCCGCGCCGGCACCGACGACGACCUCCGCGCCAUGCUCCUCGACACCGCCCCGCGCUCGCUCAUCCUCGUCGAGGACCUCGACCGCUACCUCCGCGGCGGCGACGGGGAGACCUCCGCCGCCAGGGCCGCCAGGGUGCUGGGCUUCAUGGACGGGCUCUCCUCCUGCUGCGGCGAGGAGCGCGUGAUGGUCUUCACCAUGAGCGGCGGCAAGGACGGCGUGGACCCGGCCGUGCUGCGCCCGGGCCGGCUGGACGUGCACAUCCACUUCACCCUCUGCGACUUCCAGGGCUUCAAGGCGCUCGCCAGCAACUACCUCGGCCUCAAGGACCACAAGCUCUACCCGCAGGUCGAGGAGGGCUUCCACGCCGGCGCGCGCCUCAGCCCCGCCGAGCUCGGCGAGAUCAUGCUCGCCAACCGCGCCUCCCCGAGCCGCGCCCUCCGCACCGUCAUCAGCGCGCUGCAGCACGUCGCGGCGCCGCCUGCCAGAACCAGCUCCGCCGCCGCGGCGCGCCCGCCCAGGCUCAGCUCAAGAUUAUCCGGCCACCUCGACGAGCCCAACGCGGCGGCGUCCGAGUCCAACGCGGCGAGCCUGUCGCCGGGAGGGUUCGGGAAGGAGACGCCCAUGCGAGAGUUCAAGAAGCUCUACGGCCUCAUCAAGAUCAGGAGCCGCAAGGAGGGCGGCGUCGUGCCGGUCGACGACACGGCGGGCUCGCCGCACAGGCGGGUGAGCGACGCCAGCGCCACCGAGAAGGACCGGUGAUUAAUUUAUUUGGUUUCGCUUCUCCGUCGUCCAUCACACUUGAUCGUGAUCUCUUAACUUUUAAGUGUACCUUUUUUGGUUUCUCAAUUGUAAUUUGGGGGUUGUACAUUGUAGUCUAGCUAGUAAAGCAAAUUGCAAAGGAUGGCACAAGUUGUGCACUCAUCAAAAAUAUUUGAAAGAACAAGUUGUACAUA